UUGGUUGGCAAAGAUUGACGGAGGAGGUCGAUCAGUGCUUAAAUGUUGAUUUACGUUUAUUGCAUCUACUCACCGUGAAUUAGGCGUCUAUUUCAAUAUAUAUAUAUAUAUAUAUAUAUAUAUAUAUAUAUAUAUAUAUUUAUAUAAAUAUUAUAUAAAUAUUAUAUAAAUAUUAUAUAAAUAUAUGUGUGCGAUAUGUGGCGGAUAUAUUCGUUUAGUGUUUUCCUUCUGAUCAUAGUAUUUUCGACAUGCUGUUCAUCUGUCAAUGAGACUGUAUUUGUGAAUACAGAUAAGACAAAAUUCAAAAUAUUAAGUAUCUUCGGAUAUCUCGGCAAAAGUCACUUCGAUGUGUUUAAGCCGCUUUUGGAGGAGCUAGCCUACCGGGGUCAUGAAAUCACUGUGAUUUCAUAUUUUCCCCGAACCAAGAAUGCCAAAAUGAAGAAACCGCUGCCUAAUUAUAAGGAUAUCGAUCUGGUAGAUCCUAAGAUCGGCGUCUAUGUGAACAAGAUAGAUCUUCAACAAAUCAGUCAUUCAUUUCGUCCAUUCAACGAACUUUUUUUGUUGAAAUCCUUGGCUGAUGUAGCGUGCAAUGUCACUCUACGAAAUCCAGCGAUAAAGGAGCUCCUCCGAUCCGAUGAAAAAUUCGACGUGAUCCUCACGGAGAAUUUCAACACUGAUUGUUUUCUGGGUUUUAUUCAUCAUUUCAAAACGCCUUAUCUGACCGUUUCAUCGCAUCAAAUCACGCCGUGGACUAAUGAAGACAUGGGCAACGAAGAUAAUCCCAGCUAUAUCCCAAAUAUAUUUCUUGGUUUAACCAGGCCAAUGAAUUUUCUUAACAGAAUGAAAAAUACUAUGACAGUACUGUUUUUUAAGGCGUUCUACGAAUAUUGGAUUCGACCCGACGAUCAAGUCAUCGCCAACAAGGUGUUCGGUCCUGAUCUCCCAAAAUUAAAAAAGAUUGCUCAGCAAUCGAGCGCAUUGUUGGUAAACAUUCAUAGCAGUCUUCACGGCAGUAGACCUCAAUUGCCGAACGUAGUUGAGAUUGGCGGAAUUCAUAUUCCGUCUAAGAUUAAUCCGUUGCCAAAGGACAUAGUUGAAUUCCUCGAUAGCGCGCACGAUGGAGCGCUCCUAUUAAGCCUCGGUUCCAUGAUUAAAGCGACCACCAUGCCGCAGAAAAAGCUGGAUGCGAUAAUGAAGGUGCUUACCUCAAUUCCGCGAAAGGUUAUUUGGAAAUGGGAGGUUGAUGAUCUACCACAUAAAAUGGACAAUGUCAUGACCAGAAAAUGGUUGCCUCAAUUUGACGUGAUGAAUCAUCCAAAUAUUAAGUGUUACCUGGGUCAUGGCGGACUUCUUGGAGUCUCGGAGGCUGUCUACGUAGGAUUGCCGAUGAUCUUGAUACCGAUAUACGGCGAUCAGUUUCAUAAUGCGGCUGCAGUGAAGACCAGAGGUACCGCGGUAGAACUCUCGUUCAAUGAUUUGAGUGAACAAUCAUUGAGACAUGCUUUGGACGCUUGUUUUAACAAUACCAGUUACCGUGAGAACGCCCAGAGGCUUUCGAAAGCUUACCGUGAUCGACCUGCCACGCCGUUGGAGACGGCGGUAUGGUGGACGGAAUACGUCGCUCGGGGCAAUGGCAAUCCUUACUUGCGUAGCGAGGGCGCGGAUCUACCUUGGUACCAGUAUCAUCUCAUCGACGUCGCGCUCGUUUUGAUUACCGUCUCCACAGCGCUCAUCUACAUUUUCUUCCGGUUGAUCAAGCUGCUGCUGUCGUCGUUGCUUAGCGCCGUCAAAGGAAAAGCCGGAAGUCAGGCUGGGAAGAAGAGCAAGAAGAAAGACUAAUGACAGACGCGUCGAAAAAGGUAAUUUUCAUACGAUUGCGAUGUAUGGGGACUGGCUGGUAGCUGAGCAAUUUCUGGAUGGACGAGAACUAGGUCGACGCAAUGUCAACUCCUUUCCUAACUUCUGCUUAUCUCAACUGAGGAAAUUUCAGUAAAAUUUACAAUCGUAAGAAAAUAUGUACAUAUAUACAUAUAUAUGUAUGUGUGUAUGUGUGUCAAAGUCAAUAUAGUUUAAGCAAUAAAGAAUUAUUUAUUUUAUUUUAAUAGAUUAUUAAAAAUAUAAUCUAUAUAAUCUAAUAAAAAAAUCAAGUAGAUUGAAAAUAAAAAAAAAAAAAUAUAUAAAAUGUUAUAAAAAUUUAAUAAAAAUAUAAUAAAUUAUAGGUAUAAAACUAAACAAAAUAAUAACCAAUAACAAAAAAUAAAUAAUUAUAUUGAAUAAA